AUGCUGUCGGGCGCGAAACUUCCACGGGAUAUCCUCUUCGGAUUUCCCUUACUAAUCCUGUGGAAUUCGCUGCUCGGUGUUGUUCCGACGAGCAGCUUCCCUAAUCCUUCCGGUACCGAAUUCGAUUGCUCGCCGGUGCCCCAAGAAGGCAGCGUUGUCGCUGUAGCUCAGGAAAGCUGGGGAGGCAGAGGUAGUGGACUGUGUGAUGCUAAGCGAAUUAUCGCAACAAAUGACACAACUCUUCGUUGCGACAUCUGUAGCGACGCUUACGCGACGAUUCCUCGGUUCUUCACCGCGGAAUACUGCCUUGGCUCGUCGCCGGGGCUCAUCGCAAGCUUUCGCUCUCGCCUCAUCCUUAUCGGUCGAUUUUGUCACUGCUGUCCUGUUCUUCGCUUCGAUUGA